CGUCAUUCAUGGCGUGAAUGGCGUCGAGGAGUGAAACCAAAGGACAGGAAACGAGUGGAAGAAAGAAAUGAAUUCCAAUUAUUCGGAGAUUUUGAGACUCCGUUCGCAAGAGUUUUACUCGUCUUUGAUGUCAUUCAACGACAACAACAACUCUCGGGACGUGUCCUCCACUGCCGCGAACCACAAUUGGCUUCAAAUGAACGCCAACUUCACGCCAAUCCUGCGCUCAAACUCGUCGCUCAGUUUAGACCAAAAGUCGCGGACUUUUCACCAAAACUCUCAUCAAAAUAGCAUUCAUUUCAACGACUUUCAAGAGCUGAGGGAAUGUCGCUUUGGUUCCGACCGCCAGCCGCCGUCCGUCGCGCCCAAGACGUCCAAGUCGUCGACAUCGCUGUCGUCGCCGUCGUCCGCCUCGUCGCCCAAGAAGACGCCGAAGACGACGCUGUCGUCCACUGUGUCGACGGCGAGAGCGAAGUCGAGAACCAUUUCGUCGAUUCAUUCGUCGCUUUCCAUAAGUAAUGAGAAUUUGAGUCAAAAGACGAAACAAAAGAAAACCAAAAGUUUGUUCUUCUCGUCCACAACGGCCUCAAAGAGCUCUUCCAAAGACAAACCAAAUGACAAACACUCGCCUCCGGGCGACGUCUCCGACGACACGCUCUUUGCCGAAGAGAUGGAAAGGCGACGCCGUUUGCGACAACUCUUCAUUCAUUACGACAUUCAGUCGGCACUCAGUUUGGAUGAACUCUUCAGAGACGACACGACGACCACAACAGCGACGACACCGACGACAGAACAGACGUCCGGUCCGUCGUCUCUAACGUCAUCCAACAGUUCAGAGUCAGUGACAGUGAACGACAGGAAUGGCGUCAAAGCGGACGACGACAGCGACGACACGGAAGAGUCUGAAGAUCUGUUGGGAAACGAAUUGAACAGCAAUUCAUUGCUCGCCUUUUCGGCCAAUUUUCGGAACGAAAUCGGAAAAGAAUUGGUUUAUUGUCUGCAAUUGAAUCGCGAGAACAGCGCCAACGACGACGACAAGAGUGUCGCCAACAGUCCGUCGUCUCCACGACAGACGCGUCGUCGUCCCCGUCGUCCAACUCAUACGCCAGCGCUGGCGCGACAGCUGUCGUGUCUGUCGUCGUUCGACAUGUCGUCGGACGCGACGCAGGCGUCGCUGUUGACGAUGUGCGGGUCGGGAGGCGUGGGAGGCGUCUGUCCGUUCGCCAAAGACUUUGAUUUGGAGGACAAGUGUUUGGAAACAGACUUUGGCGCCGGAUAUUACUCUAAAUAUUUCUACGGCUUUUCGCAUCAAAACUGGUUCCAAGUGUUGACCCGAAAGACGACAGACGACACGCAGAAGACGACCAAAACGGCGAUCGCUUUAAGUCUUCGCAAAGACUCCAAGGAUUUGAAGAAAUUUCGACUCAUUUUACGAACAAAUCAUUCGUUGAAAGCAUUGAAAGGCUUUUUGAACUUAAAUCACUUGAAAUCGACGGAAAACGACAUGAAUUUGAGGUCUCUUUUGGAACUGCUUUUGCCGAAGAAGUGGACAAAAGACGCCGAAUUCGUGUCGACCUGUCGUCUCGGAAUAGACGCCAAAAGCGACGAUCUUUUGCUCAAAUUCGACGAACUCUUGGAAAACAAUUGCUUCAAAAUCGGCGUCUUAUAUGCGCGCGACUCGCAGUCCACGGAAGAGGACUUCUAUAACAACCGCGAAGUGCGAGACGACGACUUCGACGCCUUUCUGUCGUCCAUUGGGACGCGAGUGCGACUCAAGGGCUACAAAGGCUUUCGCGGCGGACUCGACGUCACGACAGACACGACGGGUUCGCACGCCUUUGCGACCACUUUUCGCGGCCGCGAAGUCGUGUAUCACGUGAUGUCGGAACUGCCCUUUUCGCACAAUAAUCGGCAGCAACUGCUGCGCAAGCGUCACAUCGGGAACGACAUCGUGACGAUUGUCUUCCAGUCGAAGCACUUUCGCGGAAAGCCUUUCGACCCGUCGCUCAUUAGAUCCCAUUUCCAACACGUCUUCGUCGUCGUGCGGCCGCACCAUAACGGCUAUCGGGUGGCCGUCGCGCGCCACAAAGACGUCCCGCCGUUCGGACCGCCGCUGAAGGCCUUCUACCGGCGCGAAGAGUUGCGGGACUUCCUGUUGGCCAAAGUGGUGAACGCGGAGAACGCGUGCCACCGGUGCGCCAAAUUCAAGCAGAUGGCUCUUCGCACGCGCUUCGAGUACCUCAACGACCUCUUCCAGAACUACACGACGCAGACGACAGUGGCGUCGCUCCUGUCGUCGCUGUCGUUCCCGACGUCGUCCUCAACGCAACAAUUGAUUCAAUUCUCGCAGAACUUCAAUAAAUACUUUUCGCAAAUCUUCCCGAAAAAGACGGAAAAGGCGGCGAAGAGUAAGGCGUUGGACACGACUUCGGGCGCCGGCGGCGACGCGCUGUCGCUCUCCAAGACGACGACCGAAGCGAAGAACAUUUUCCUCGAGAACGAGCUCUUCUUCGGCGCCAAACUGUACGAAGCGAUGGACGACGUGAUAGACGACAGACGACGACAGGACGACAACACUGUCGUCACGAGUCGUCUCCGCUGUCACUCAUUCCAGGAAACGAAAGACAUUCGGCGCGUGAAAGUCCUGUUGUCGCAGAACUGGCUUCUGGUGCUCUCGCGACGCAAAGUCCUAUUCGUCGUCCAAUUGGAGCAAAUCAUUGGCUUCUUGUUGACCAAUGGGGACAAAGCGCGCGACCAUUUGAACGCCAAUUGCGUGGAAAUCCAACUCAAGAUUUACUUCCAUUUCGGAGAACUCAUUGUUUUGCGCGAACUGUUGGCCGACGCGCACCCGACGGACGCCGAGUCGCGCGACGCAAACAUUGAACGCAAUUCUCUGCUCUUCGAACUCAAAGCCGAUCUCAUGACCAAAAUCCGGUCGUCGGCGCGCGACGGGGCUCUGCGCACGCGCCAAAUGAAGUGCGUGGUGUUGCGGCGGAACGCCCUCUCGUCGGACGCCUCCUUCGGCUUUCACAUCCAAUCAAAAGCGUUGAAUUCGCCGCAAAAUCUGUGCGUUUUCGUGACCGAAGUGAACGAACACGCGCUGCGGGUCAAUGAACUGCGAAGAGGUCAACGGCUCCUCGAGUUGUGUCACAUGUCUCUCAUUUCGCUCUCAUAUCAAGAGAUUCUCGACUUCUUGAAGACUUCGCAAACCGUUUCCGUAGCGCUCGUCCAACCGAUGCCGGACGGCAGUCCGCGAACCAACGGCUGCUUCAGUGCCUUCUGCGCCGCCGCCGUCCGUCCGCCGCCUCAGCCAAACCAAACGCCGGUUUCCAUUGGCAACGACUACGAAAACAUUCAAACGGUUGUCGUUCAGCACAACGCCAGUCCUCAACACGUCGUCCGUCCAGUCGUCGACCGCACGACACCUGUCGUCCUGUCGUCUCUCACGACGACGACACCGACGCCUCCCAUGACGCGAAGUCCGCAACACGUGGUGAACGCCGCGUACAACUCGCGACAACACAUGUCUCCGACGCACACCACGAGUCACAGUCAGCGACCGCUUCACCUGAAGAGCAAUCAGUCGUCGAAUCACUUCCAGAACCAAAACGCGUCGAAUCACAUGUCGUCGCAGUCGUCCACCGCGUCGUCCACUCUUCAGGAAGACUUAAUCAAAUUAAUAACUCUCAACGAUUGCGACGAGACGACAGAUCCCGUCGAGUCGUCCGUUCACACCGACAGCCACUCGUCGUCGCGCUAUUCGACCGCCACUUCGACGCCCUAUUCGUCGCUCGAAAGACCGACGUCUGAAGGACGACGACCGUCGCUGCCGACGACGCCUGCGAGACGACAGCACAUGACGACGACAGGCGGCGACGACUGUGUCGUGACUGUCGCCAAACCGGCGUUUGUCGUCAACUCGUCGUCGGCCGUCUUCAAGCGGAAACAACUGCUCGACGACACCAUAAACUCGAACGUCCUGUCGAUCGCCGACUUGGAGGCGAACGCCGCCAAAGACGACGACGACGACCUCCAGUGGCCGCCACUCGUCAUCAGUCAUCAGCCGCUGCCGACUGGCGUCCAAGACGUGCGCCUCAAACAACAGGUGAAAGAACUGUCGAAAGAAAAGCUUCGUUUGAAUGAAACGAUUCGUCAGUUGAAAGAAGAGAACCAAAGACUGCACUUCGAGUCGCAGACCGCGAGCCAACAGUUGAGGAAAUUCACGGAAUGGUUCUUCUCGUCAGCCGUCGCUUCCGGCGGCNUCUCGCGACGCAAAGUCCUAUUCGUCGUCCAAUUGGAGCAAAUCAUUGGCUUCUUGUUGACCAAUGGGGACAAAGCGCGCGACCAUUUGAACGCCAAUUGCGUGGAAAUCCAACUCAAGAUUUACUUCCAUUUCGGAGAACUCAUUGUUUUGCGCGAACUGUUGGCCGACGCGCACCCGACGGACGCCGAGUCGCGCGACGCAAACAUUGAACGCAAUUCUCUGCUCUUCGAACUCAAAGCCGAUCUCAUGACCAAAAUCCGGUCGUCGGCGCGCGACGGGGCUCUGCGCACACGCCAAAUGAAGUGCGUAGUGUUGCGGCGGAACGCCCUCUCGUCGGACGCCUCCUUCGGUUUUCACAUCCAAUCAAAAGCGUUAAAUUCGCCGCAAAAUCUGUGCGUUUUCGUGACCGAAGUGAACGAACACGCGCUGCGGGUCAAUGAACUGCGAAGAGGUCAACGGCUCCUCGAGUUGUGUCACAUGUCUCUCAUUUCGCUCUCAUAUCAAGAGAUUCUCGACUUCUUGAAGACUUCGCAAACCGUUUCCGUAGCGCUCGUGCAACCGAUGCCGGACGGCAGUCCGCGAACCAACGGCUGCUUCAGUGCCUUCUGCGCCGCCGCCGUCCGUCCGCCGCCUCAGCCAAACCAAACGCCGGUUUCCAUUGGCAACGACUACGAAAACAUUCAAACGGUUGUCGUUCAGCACAACGCCAGUCCUCAACACGUCGUCCGUCCAGUCGUCGACCGCACGACACCUGUCGUCCUGUCGUCUCUCACGACGACGACACCGACGCCUCCCAUGACGCGCAGUCCGCAACACGUGGUGAACGCCGCGUACGACACGACGCGACUCUCGCGCCAACACAUGUCUCCGACGCACACCACGAGUCACAGUCAACGACCGCUUCACCUGAAGAGCAAUCAGUCGUCGAAUCACUUCCAGAACCAAAACGCGUCGAAUCACAUGUCGUCGCAGUCGUCCACCGCGUCGUCCACUCUUCAGGAAGACUUAAUCAAAUUAAUAACUCUCAACGAUUGCGACGAGACGACAGAUCCCGUCGAGUCGUCCGUUCACACCGACAGCCACUCGUCGUCGCGCUAUUCGACCGCCACUUCGACGCCCUAUUCGUCGCUCGAAAGACCGACGUCUGAAGGACGACGACCGUCGCUGCCGACGACGCCUGCGAGACGACAGCACAUGACGACCACAGGCGGCGACGACUGUGUCGUGACUGUCGCCAAACCGGCGUUUGUCGUCAACUCGUCGUCGGCCGUCUUCACGCGGAAACAACUGCUCGACGACACCAUAAACUCGAACGUCCUGUCGAUCGCCGACUUGGAGGCGAACGCCGCCAAAGACGACGACGACGACCUCCAGUGGCCGCCACUCGUCAUCAGUCAUCAGCCGCUGCCGACUGGCGUCCAAGACGUGCGCCUCAAACAACAGGUGAAAGAACUGUCGAAAGAAAAACUUCGUUUGAAUGAAACGAUUCGUCAGUUGAAAGAAGAGAACCAAAGACUGCACUUCGAGUCGCAGACCGCGAGCCAACAGUUGAGGAAAUUCACGGAAUGGUUCUUCUCGUCGUCUUCGGGCGACGCGAACGACAACAACGACGACAACAACUCUUAACUCUUUUCAAACUUCUUAUUUAUUGCAAUAAAAAACGUUUUAUAUUUACCCAUAAAUAA